AUGUCUACUUCCACCGGAAAAACAAUUUCAAUUCCUACAAUCAAUGAAGUUGAAGGAUAUAAGACAACGGAGGCUCUGAUAAAAUUUUUAGACGACCAAAAUAUAGGACUGGAUGAUGAUGAUCUCCAAAUUCUUCAAAAACAAAAACUUGUUGGCGAAGUCAAACGAAAGAAGCGGAUUGUUUCUUCUAUCAAUAAUCAAGCUGUGGACGCUAAGAAGUUUCAAUAUUACCAACGAUAUAAUAAUGAACAUUCUAAAGCUUCCGAUAAAGAAAUGAGAGACUUCAUGGAUUUUACCUCACGGCAUGUGAAAGAGCAUCCCGAAGUUUCCUAUGAAGAUGUAGUGAAAGAAUUUAAAUCACAAGGUAAGCAAACAACGUGA